GAGCAUCCCUCAUUUCGCUAGCUUUAGACGCCUGUUGUUUACAAUCAAACUUUAACUGCGUUCACAAGAAAGGAAGAUGGUGCCUAUUAUGGCUCAGAGUAAUGUUCAAGAGCUAGAUCGCCUAAUUGAACCAUUGUACACAGCUUUAAAUUCAGUUAAAGUUCUCCGUUCUAGCGUUGGCCAAGUGUUUGACACCUUGGGAAAUGGACUCAGAGGUGACCAUGGAGAAGAAGGGAAGGACAAUAAAUUUCUACUUGAACUUCAAGAAUUGCUUAGUACAGUGAAUGUUAAUUUCCGAGAAGUUGAGCAGGCCGUGAACAGCCUAACACCACCACCAGGACCCUUUAGCCUUGGUAACACUACAUUUCUCAGUCAGGAAAGCACUCAGGAAAGGCAGGCCUUGUACCCACAGCUGGUGAACAGCUAUAAAUGGACAGAUAAGGUCCACGAAUACAGCAAUCUUGCUUUUGCACUUCUGAGCCAGAACCAGCUAAAACGAUCAUACGUGAUUGCAAGUAGUGGGAAGAGACGGCGUAAUGUACAGAGCAGUCAUAAUGUUCUUCCACAGGCAGUAGACACGCUGAUAGCUGGUAUUGACAGACAAUUUGCUGAUAUGAACUUGACUGUAUCAAGACCAUUUGGUUCCAAUGCCGUUAUGCAGGUUACCUUAGGGAGAAUAAUGAAAGCUCUGGUGGCUUUCAAAGGUCUAAUGAUUGAAUGGGUUGUUGUUAAAGGGUAUACAGAAACAUUGGAUUUGUGGACAGAGUCCCGUUACAAAGUAUUCCAAAAAGUGACUGAAAAUGCCCAUGCUGCUAUGCUUCAUUUCCAUUCACCUAAUUUGCUUGAAAUUUCAGUCCGCUCUUUCAUGACUUGGUUUCAUAGCUACAGCACACUGUUCAGUGAUCCGUGCAAGCGAUGUGGAAACCAUCUGCAUAAUGCCUUACCUCCAACGUGGAGAGAUCUCAGGGCCUUAGAGCCCUAUCAUGAAGAAUGUAAACCUUAGCAGGAGAUGGAUGAUUCUGAGCUUUUCGAUUGAACUGACUGUCAGAUUUUGUAGCAAUGUUGGAAAGCUCAUGCAACUGUCUGUGAUUCCAGACACUAUUAAUAUUUGUUAUAAAUGUCUUAUACAGCUGGACUCUUACUAGGUGUGGAGAGGUGGUAUGGAGGUGUUGUCUGUACAGCCUGAGUUGGUAUUUUCUCCUGUACUCGAUCAAGUAUAUAAAUUUUCAUAUACUAAUUAGAGUUUUUUUUCGAGUGCAUGAAUUGUGCAAUCUGUGAUUGUAGGACAUCUUCUCGGUAAGAGGUUUGUUCUGAGAAGUGUCUUUAACGUGGCGAUAAUUAACCACAACAAUCAUUCCAAACAAAACUUAUCCCUUUCCAUGUGGCACUGCAGUUUAACAUGUGUUUACAUUUUGAAUAAUAGAUGAACAGAGAAAAAUGAUUUUGUUAUUUCUGGUACUGUUGUGUAACUGAUAUUAUUACUUGUACUGUUCACUCUAAAUGUCUACCUAGAUUUCAAAAGUUUUUUGGAGCCUAAUAUCCACAAUAGCAAAACAUAUUUAAGAAUAAUUUUGUCAGUAUUGUCACCAGUAUUGUGAAAAGUAUGCAUAUAAAAAACAAAUGUUAGUUACAUGCAACAGUUUGUAUAAUUUUUUGUACAACAAGUGUCAUUAACAGUGUAAUGUUUCUCUCAUAUAUGCCCUCAUGUAAGUGAAAUAAAAACGAAAAGACCAGCACUAGAGUUGACAUGAAUAAAGCUGUAUGAAGUGUAUUUGCAGGAAAUCUUAAGCAAGUAUUGGAAAUGAUGAUAAACUACAGUAACUAGUGUGUUAUGUAUUGUAAAUUCUGUGACACUAAGCCAAUACAGAGAUGAUUAGUUUCAUAUUAGUAUAUUUAUGUUAUUGACUUGGAGAUAAAAAUUGUGACACCUGUUGCAUUAUAUCAUAUAUUCCAGAAUUGAAUAUGUCAAGUAAGAGCAGAAAGUAGUAGUUCUGGCUCACGUAUCGAAAGCUACAUGUGAACUUUAUACUUGAAUCCCUCAAUGAAUGCCAUGCAGUAAAUGAAAUGGCCAGUGGUUGUUCACUUGUCUAAGUUCUCCAAAGUAAACUGAAACAAUGUUCAAUUUAACUUACAUCAGAGUAUCAGCCAGUUUUAAGAAAAACCUGUUAUUCAGUUUUCUGCCAAGUAGCCUUUUUAUGGUUGGUUUCAGCAACCAUUAUACGAGGGUUGGAACUUAAAUAGUGGCAACUAUUUAUUCACAACCAAUACAAAAGACUUACAUGUUUGCACCUGUUACUGUCCUCCAAAGUAGCCACCAGUGUUGUGUAGAACCCAUUGCCAGUGAUGUGGAAAGCGUAGUGUACCAUUAGCAGCGCCUGUUGUGUUGAUGGUGCGAGUGUUGAUGGUGCGAAUGGAGCAGUCUAAAGUUAUGGUGAUUCUCGUGGACGACUGUGAUGAUGUUAUCCUAACGCAUUAUGUUCCUUCACGACAGACCGUCAGUGUACAGUAUUACUGUUUGUUUUUGGAGCAUCACCUGCGACCAGUUUUGCGAAAGAAGUGGCGACACUUUCUGAGCAACCAACCUAUCAGUUUGCAUGACAAUGCGCAGACGCUUACAGUGCAAGCUGUGGCUGCUCUGUUCGGUUGAUGGGACUGGGAUGUACUGUACCAUCCACCAUCCUCCCGAGACUUAAGUCCUUGUGACUUUGAUUUGAUUCCGAAGAUGACGGAACCACUUCGUGGCAUUCGCUUCAGAACUGUUCCAGAGAUUUGAUAGGCAGUAGACCGCUCCAUUUGCACCAUCAACAGAACAGGCAAUGCUAACAGUAUACUACGCCUUCCACAUUACUGGCAACGGGUUGGGUUCUACAUGACACUGGUGACUACUUUGAAGGACUCUUUUGUAUUGGUUGUGAAUAAAUAGUUGCCACUAUUUAAGUUCCAAUCCUCAUAUAUAUUCAUUGUUUUGUUUAAUGAAACAUUUAACUUCCCUGAAUAUAAGACUUUUGUCAUUUUUUAUCUAUUACUAGAGAUUACAAUAUAACUACUGUGUGGCAAAGGUGAGCUGUAUUCCAUUAAUGUAUAUAUUUUUGUUGAUUAUAACCAUGUCUUUUUCUGUACACAAAUACGUAAAAGUAUUCCCAGGGUGUCAACCACAAAGCUGUUGACAAGUUCUUAUGUUUUUACAUUGUGUCAUUGAGAUAAAGUGAGAAAUUUGUUUAAAUAUUUCUCAAUGUAUGUUGACAGUUAUGAGUCACAGCAGCUGCAAUGGUAUGAAGUGACUGAAGUUAUUUUUAAUUUCUUAAGAACUUUAUUGAGGAUUGUUGUGGUCUGCCCCUAGCAGAGCACUAGACUCCAGCCCUGAAGGUCCUGUGUUCAAUCCCAGUUAGGGAUAGGUUAUUUUUCCUCAUUCUAGUCCCUCCAGGACUGUCCCAGUCUUUGAGGGAUGCCCCAGGCCUACUCAGUCUUGGGGGCAAAAGACAACCAGGGUGAGAUGUCCACCAUCUCUCCUUCUCCUAGCAUCGCAGCAAAUAGAAAGUCUGUAGUCUGCCUGCAGUUUGGCCGAUAGCCUUGUACCACAGACUUUUAUGAGCUUUGUUAGUGGCUUACAGGGUGACCUGCAUGCAAGUAUAGGAAGAAAAGUCAGAUAUUUACUAUUUUUUAAUUAAGUGAGAUAAACUAUAUUUUUGUUUCAGUUGUGUUGGUACUGAGUGGUACUUAAUAUAGAUGCUGCUAGCUGCUUCCCCUGUAUACUCACAUGGUGGGCAGAUGUGUAGUCAGGAUUUAAAAGCAGUGUGGGCUUGUAAAUAACAUACUCGUUUUCGAAAAAACAAAUCUGUAUUGGUUUAUUUUCUCUUGGGGAUUCCACAGUGCAGAUUACCAGGGUCGAGAGAAAGUAACUCCGAUAGUGACGGACCUAUCUUGAAAGAAGAGGGAACUGAAAAGGUAAAGAAAACUGAUCUGUUUACUAUAUUUGCUGCACAUUGACUCAACACAAAAGAGAGCUCCGUCUCAUGUUUACAGUUCUGAGAGCACUCUGCCUCGCAAGUCAGGCGAUCCUGAGGUGUGAUUUGAUAUGCAGAGAGACUGCUGAUGAUGAUUCGGCCUAUUGUGGCCUGAACUGGUUGAUUGUUGUUUCAUCAGUGGAAAGGCGACAAACAAAAAUGGAAUUUUCUUUUUAAGUAAUAAAAAUAUCUCUCAUUUUGGCCUGGAAUAUCUUGUAACAUAAUUAUUCAUGCCUAAAGCUGUCGUGUUUUUUAUAUUGGCUGCAGGUCUCAAGUGCACUAACAUCAGUUAGCAAUCUGCGUCUCACACAAAAUGUUAGUGUAAAAGAAAAUAAACAGUGAUUUAAUAAAAUGUGAAAAAGUACCGGAAACAUAGUCUACAGUAAUUCAUAUGCUUAUUGUAAAAUGUGUGGCAUAUAUUAUAAAAAGAAUAUUUUUUAAA